UGCCCUGACGAAAAAUAUAAAUGCCUAGGCGGAACAUGUUGCCUCUCUAAACUUGCGUGUGGUACAUCUUGUUGCGAAGAUGGUCAAGAGUGUGUAAAUGGACAAUGCUGUGAUAAAAGUAAAAAAUGUUGCAAUAAUUGUUGUGCUGAUGGACAGACCUGUUGUAAUAAGAAUUGCAUUGAUGCCAAUUCCGAUUCAAAGAAUUGCGGUUCUUGUGGCAGUGCUUGUGCUGCUGGAGAAACUUGUCAGAACGGAACAU